AUGUUUUCCGGUUGGAUGGGAAGUUAUUCAUUCCAAAAAGGAUCUCAGCAUGUUUGUCCACGCUUAGUGGAGAAAGAGGUGUAUCCAUUACGAGUCCAAUUGAAUGGCAGUUGUGGUCUUCCACUUCCUUUGAGAAAUAAUCAAAGCGUUCAAAAAGCUCCCUAUGUUCGUUCUCCUCGAACCCGCAAACAUAUACCAUGUCACUGUCAGAAAUGUAAAGGAAAAUUAGUAGAUCCUAGAACGAAAAAAUCGCAUGAUUCUCUCUUUACAAAUAGAAUCAUACCUCAAAGAUCUGACAGAAACAGGUUGGACGAUUGA